AUGGACCAGACGCAAGCUCCCGUCCCCUUCCCUACCCUUACUUGCCCCGCUGACGAGGUCGAGACGCGCCCCUCACUUCCCUCGCGCGUGCACUCUUCUCCCUCCCUCCCCGACCUCUGGCCGCUCAGCCAAAGCCGAAACGGGCACGCACAGCGCUUUCAGGCGCUCUAUCGCCCACAUCUCCACCCGCUCGACCUCGCCGCGACGCCCCCAACGACGCCUCCGCGCAGUACGAGCAACACCGUCACGCACGCCCAUACCGUUCCCGUGAAGCGCAGCACGUCAGGCUCUCCCUGUCGGCCCGCCCCGCUCCUCACGCCGCCGCUGACACCGUCCUCAUCGUUCCAGACCCACGACGGGCCGGUCACCCCGCCCGAGAUCGGUUCGCCGCUGCGUUGGGUGCACGCCGCGCCCGAGUCGCCGACCGCGCUCAAGGGCUGUGGGCCGCUCCCAACGCGGGGCGGGUAUCUGACGCCGUCGAGCGGCCGCUCGCAGAGCUUCUCGUCGGAUGUGGAUGGGGAGUAUGUGGCGGUGCAGGAGGGCGCGGAUGCGGUGUCUGUGUUAAUCUCGGGAUUGACGAGCAUGGAUAUCACACCGCGGGAGGAGCGCAAGGUUGGCUCGGUCGGCGAACCUGCCUUUGCGGCGAAUGCGAAACUUGGUGACGAACAGGACGACGCUGAUGCGAGUCGCUUUUUGCUGGUCCGUGAUGUUCCCUUGAAUGCCUCCUCUGCAGACCUGCGAGAGGCGUUUGCGCCAACUGGCGAUGUGAAGGGCAUUUGGGUCCCCUUCUUAGAGUCGCACGGCGUCAUCAUCCUUGCAUAUUACGAUAUCCGCCAUGCGACCCGGGCGCGCAGUCUCAUUGCUAACCAGGCGAUACCCGGGCUGGAGGAUGCGCAUCUCGCUGCGAAAUAUGUGAGCGCCGAGCAAAUCGAGAGGGUGAUUGGAAAGUCGGCGUUUGUAGAUGAGACGGACGGCACGCUCUAUGUGUCUGUUGCAGACCGCCGCUUCCAGUCUGCUGCGCUGCAGAAGGUCUUAGCUUCCCUCGGCGAGCUUAUGUCGUACAAGGCUGUUGACUCGCAGGAACAGAAUUUCCAAGUCGAGUACUACGACGCGCGCGAUGCGGCCAAUGCGUACCGCGCUUUUCACGAUCGCAUUUUCCUUGGUGUCCGUCUUCGGCUGUUGACGAAGAAGGACGCACAGACGAUGCAGUCCUCCCCAUGCUUUUCGCUCGAGGAUCCGUUCCAGCCUAGCAGCCCGGCCAGUCCGACCGCCCGGAGGCUGCCGAUGCUGCAUGUGGAUACGUGUCAAGACUUGCAGCAGCAGGCAGAUAGGGAGUUGCGUUGCACCGAAGGCCGUGUUCGUCCGCGUAGUGUCAGCGCGAGCGAGAAUAUGGGUGCGCCUGAUGCUGUUCGUAGGCUUUGGAGGGGAAGGGAGUCGCCUCAAGAGCAUAGCAGGCGAGUGUCGAAUGAUUUGUUUUUCGACGCUGUUGGCAAGGGUACUGUGUCACCGCAGACUCCUUCCCGACCCAGGAGCAUCAGCAUGGGCCCCGACGACAUCGCGAAGGCUCAGCGGUCUAGUUAUGAUGACGCGGAGACGUCCGAAGUGUACCAAACUCAGGAAACCGCAUAUCCUUCAAGCUACGGUGGCUCGUCGACCUCCGCGUACGCUCCACAGGAAUACUUGUAUGCGCAGGCCGUGCCCCAGGCUCAGUACCCAGCAUAUGGUUCUGACGGACACGCGGGCACCAACGGUCAAUGGGCGUUCAGUGCUCCGGCAGCGCCGUCGGUUGAAUACUAUCUGCCCCCCUCCCCGCGAGUACCACACUAUCACUCGCAGGCUCUCCCCUCGACGCCGAAGAAGGGCUUCUCUCCGAUGUACCAACGCCGAGACGAGCGGACGGAAUGGGCUCCCACCGAGGAGGACCCAUUUGGGAGGUCAGCUUAUAGUCCCGAUGCACCUGUCCCCCAGUCGGCCGUUUCGUACGGCAGUUCUUUGGAGCCCUCGCCGACUAUGGACGGUCGCACGUACUCGGGCAGACGCGGAAACGUGGAUUCGGGCAUUGCGGAGAAGAACCAGCUGAACAUCGAGGCGAUCGAGCAGGGGAAGGAUAUGCGGACGACGGUGAUGAUCAAGAACGUCCCGAACAAGAUGAGCGACAAGGAACUUAAGGCGUUCAUUGAUAGAGUGUGCCCGCGGCGGAUCGACUUUUUGUACUUGCGGAUGGACUUCAAGAAUGGCUGCAACGUCGGCUAUGCCUUUGUCAACUUCAUUACGCUUGGUGACUUAUUGCACUUUGCGAAGACGCAGAUUGGCGUCAAGUGGAACAUCUACUCGAGUGACAAGGAUUUACGGCUGUGCUACGCUACUUAUCAAGGAAAGGAAGCGCUCAUGGAGAAGUUCAAGAACUCUUGCAUCAUGGACGAGCGCGAGGCGUGGCGACCGAAGAUAUAUUAUUCAGCCGGGCCGAAUCAGGGCCUGCCUGAGCCUUUCCCGCCGCCCACGCAUUUGCGAAGGAAGGAGCGAAGCUCACACAACCGCGGAGCACUGUUUGUGCCUGGCGCGAACUUCUCUCAUCACCGCCGCGGGGACCGGGAUGGGGACCGAGAUGGGAACGGGACCCCGACGUUGUACCAUCACCGGCCGCACCCUCCGCGCAUGAGUAACCGGAUGUGA